AUGACAAAGUCUUUGUUCAUGACAGCUCAUCAGAAUUUCAAGGAAACAUCUUUCAAAACAUCUGAACGAUGUCCUCCGAAGUCGUGCCGAUCAGAAUGCUCCAAUUUCAAGUGCUCUAACACCUCGAUUCUUUUUCAAAUGGAUGACAGAGAAGAGGAAGUUUCUGAGCGUCCUCUUAAAUCGUUACACAACAGAAUCGUAUCGCCAGUGCUAUUCAUAAAUCACACAGGACGAAGAGUCAAUUUGAAAUGGUUCAAUUACAGUGGUGAAGAACAGUUAUUUGCCACCAUUGAGAGUCGAACGAACAAUCGCCUUAAAAUGAACACAUAUGUGACACAUCCUUGGAUUGCAGUGGACGAAGAAACGAAUGAAAGGCUGUUACUGAACUUCAAGGAAACAUUUUUUCCCGACGAGCCUGUUAUACGGGGAGUAGACUAUGAUACCCGAAGAUUCUAUGCUUCUAGAGCGGAAAUAAACAUAACAACACCAGGUUAGUUGUUGUUCGCAAUUUUUAGCUUCCCUCGGACGUACCUGUUAAUUGAAAAUAUUGUAUGGAAGAGCAAGAGAGUAAUAGACAGCAAUCUUCUGGAGUAAUGCAUCUGUAGCUUGUAAUCGUUACAAAGUCUAGACGAGAUAAUCGGGCUAUUGAUAGCUGUAGAGGGGUUGUGUUAUGGAGAGCAUGCCUUUGAGGAUGAUGUCGGUUUAAAAAUUAAGAGAUAUACCGUACUGUUUUCCUAUUGGUGGCUUUUGCGAGGGGCAAUUGUUAAGUUCCUUUUUGCUCCAAACUGACAGAUUUACUUGGAAACCUCCCCGUGCCCUUCCAGUCGUACAGUACACUGUACAUGGAUGGACUCUAUCAAAGAGAACAAGAUCUUUUAACCCUUUAACUCUCACGAGUGACCAAGACAGAAUUUCUCCUUACAGUAUUAAUACAGUAUCAACCAGAUAAAUGAUGAGAAUAAAGAAAAAUAUUAAUUUGGGAAAAAUUAGUUGAUCCAAUACUUAAUUCUACGAACUAACAUUAUAAGAAUUGCAUGGUUGACAGUAAGGAGAAUUACACAUUUGAAGUGGGAGUUAAAGGGUUAAAACACUUAUAUUCUACCCAAUUAUGAAUUGACUGGGAAAAUUUUUAUAAUUGAUGAAAACAGGAAAAUGUUUCCACAUUACAUGCCUGGGAAUUUUAGCUUGGCUCCUAUGAUUUAAUUUGUGGGUAUUACUCUUUUAAAAAUUGUAUCAGGUAGUAUGUGGUGAAGAACCAUUUUUCAUAUGGAUACACUUUUAAAAAAUAUAAUUAUUGUUGUCUUUAAUAAUCGAAUGUUUUGAUUACUCGGUAGUGUACAGUCUGGAGGAGUACUGCAUGAGGUUCCUUAGGAAGAUUGUUUUAUCACAGAACAUCAGGAAGUUACCCCUGCCACAGCCUAUUCUCAAUGAGAUUUUGCAGAAUGUUUCAUGAUCCACUUAUAGACUUCUUAAUUUUUCCCAUUAUAUCAUGCAUAAAAAAAAAUAAAAAAACACUUUCUAAAACAUGAAAAUACAGCAAACAGGUGCAGUUUGGUAAAGGUUGUGUUUUGGAUUGGAGAGUGCUAGACACUGGAAUCAUAACCAUUUAUUUAUGAUUAAAAAUCCACUGAUGUCUUACCUGCAAGGUAUAUGCUUACUCUUCUAUGUGGUGGUUGGAAAAAAUUUUUAACCAAUUGUAAAACUGUGAACAAAUCACAGCAUGUAAAUCAUAUCACUAUAUGUAGAAUUAAUAAAUGGGUUGACUUUCAAAUAAGUAUUGAAUUUAAUGUUCCUAUGAGAAGCCACAAUUUUGCAGGGAUAUUGUAUUGGUUAACACAAAUUGCUAACAAGUCAUAAACAAAAUUCUGUCAUUUUCCAAGACUGCUGAUGCUACUGCAUUUGAGUAGCAAUAGCAUGGGACUUAUUUCUUUGAAAAUAGCUAGCGCACACCUAGCAGGUCAUGAAUCAAAUAUAAGCAGAUUCCUGUCUUAGAAAAAGUUUAGAACUCUUCUCUGUGUUAGAAUAAUUCUAUUGGGUAUGUGCUGUUGAACUUAUAAGUUUAUCCUUUUGAUAAGAGCAUUAAAUCCUUCCCCCUUUCCCUUUCCUCUCUUCUUCCUUCUCGUGUUGGGUCUGAAUUUUUAGAAUUAGAUUAAAAUGAUUGUCAGUGUCACAUGUAGACCUUACACUCCCACCCAUGUAAUUGUCUCCCUCCCCUCCCCUCCCCUCCCUUAAGAAGACCCUGACCCAGGAUAUGAUAUAUAUGCAAUGCUUUUGUGUCCUCACCAUUUCCCCCUCAAUCUUGGAGUUUUUUUCACCAGAGGAGGUGCCAUUAUGAAAGUUAAAAAAAUUGUUUACAUUACCUGAAAGGAAGUUGUGUUGGUCAGGGGUCACACUAAUGAAUUUUAGGGCUGAUUCCCUUAUUUUCAAAAGAUGUUUUUGUUUUAGUAUCAAAUUAUUUGAUAAUUUUUGAAGAAUCAGAGGAGAUAAAUAAACUUUUGCUUGUAAAGUCAGCUAGGGUCUGGACCAGCCUGAGUAACUCAAGUUUUAAGGCUCCCUGGGUCUCAGUCCAGUUGUGAUAAACUGAUGACCUCUUGUGAGUGGUUUCAACUCGCCGCUUUUAGCAAUGAGCUAUAUGUGCGGUAUAAAAUUAAUUUUGUUACCUUAAAUGGCAUUGUAGAUAUUUGAGACCCUCCCCUUCGUCACUUUGUUCCUCUCGUGACGAAAUAACGAAUAUCCACCCACCAAUCAUGAUUGCUUCAUGACCACGUGAUUUGGAACCACCGUAUGAUCUUGGAGCCAAGAUGGUGGACCGAUUAGGUAUGUGAAGGAAUUGUAACGUUUUUCGGUUAUUUUUAGGACGGGGUUUCCUGAAAAAACCUCAUCAGGUUUAAAUACUUCCUUAACUUUCGAUCUUUUUUGAUGAUGGGCAUUUUCAUUGUGUGAAAUACUUUCGAUUGUCUAUAUUUGAGUACGACUUUUGAUGUGAAUGGCGGCCUGACAGUUCUCAGCCAUGCAUGUCAUGCUAGCUUAAUUCUGCGUGUAAGUGUCUGUAAGCUUUCGGAUGAGGUUGUUUCAUGAUAUUGCCUUUCGCUCAGCAAAUAAGUCGAUCGUGGCAGAGAGGGAACAAUGGCUUAUUUUUAUGAAGGAGGUGUGCAAUGGGAUUGGGAAAGGGUGAAACCACCAUAUUAGACGAAACUAUUGACUUAUUAAAUAUUGGAGUUUCGAUAUGUUUCAUUACCUGAAGAGUCUAAGUAGCAUUUUCUUCAUUUAAAUGAUUUGUUUGCAGAAAGGUAUCACAGUGUACCCAUAAAAUUUUAUCGAUCGCUUAAGGCUACUGAUCGCUAUUGAAACAACCGACCUGUGGUGUUUAUGUCAUCUUAAUUGUCUCUCCUUAAUGCUUUUAAAAUAUUGUAUGUGUGAUAAUUUCAGCCAAUACAGAGGCCAACGAGAGAAGAAUUACCAAUGUGGAAAGUUGUUUUGGAGCAUCUGGACAAGUAAGUAUGCAGAUCAUGUCCUGAUGAUGUUUUGGUCCUUGUGAUUUGAAUAUGUAUAGUAGACUGCUCUUUCUCAUAACUUUGGUUCGACCUUAACGUGCAUUAAUAAUAGGCAUGCAUUUGUAAUCAUGUUAUGACUUGAUUAAAAUUUAGUAGGAUGGAUCUUGAAAUUUGGAAAUUAAUACUGGUAAUAGAACAGACAAGAGUUUAGUAUGGCAUUUUCCUAUUUGAUGUAUGAAUACCAGAACUGGAUGACCACGAAGCAGAAGUCUUACUUAUUGUUUACUAUUAGUAAACUAGAAUUACAGACCAAAUUAGACACAAUUUCCUGUUAUGAGCAGUCAAAAGUAAUACUCGUCAGUCAAUGGUAUUCAUAAAUGGAAAACAUACUUGUUGACUUUUUUUCCUAGAUGAAAUAAACCCACUUGUCCUAAUAAAAAUGUGCACACAUGAAGUGUAUUGUCUGUUUACGGAAGCAUGACACAAUAAAUGUUUGAAAGGUGAUGUUAAUCAGUGAAUGAAAUUGGCAUACUUUGAGAAAAGAACUCCAAGUACUUCCAAUAGGAGUCAAACCUACAAAAAACCUUCUGAUUAAUAUUUAAGAUGCUCUUCCACAGAGCUAUGGGAGAUUUGUGACAGGCUAGGCCAUUUAACUCGGUCCAUGGUGAAAAACUUCCUGCAUACUGCUAGAAUAGGAUUGUCAAUAUGUGAUGCUUCUGCAUUAUGAUUAUGUAAAUGAUGGUGGUAAAUUUUAAGCUUGAUGAUUUAACCCUUUAACUCCCAAGAUCUGAUUGUUAAUUCUCUCCUCUUGCUGUCACACAAUUCAUUGUAAAUUAGUGAUGUGAAUUUGGUGUAAGAUCAAGACAAAAACUUCUUCCAGAUAAAUAUUUAGUAUUUUCAUUAACUGUUGUCUAGAAAAUGUAUAGAUAUCGCAGGGAGAAGUUACAUGUUAAUCACUUCUGGGAUAUAAAGGGUAAAGAGAAAGAUGAUGUUAUUCUGUCAAUGAAUGAUACAAGGAUACCCAGAUAAAAAGAACUCAGAAUGCUCCCAUUUAUAAACAUUUAAUGUUUAUUUCUAAUUUUUUUUCUCUAAUUUCUAUUCUUUAGCCAUUAUUGGUUCCAGGAAGAGUACUGGUUGGUGAAGGUGUAUUAACUAAACUGUGCCGCAAGAAGCCUAAACCACGUCAGUUUUUUCUGUUUAAUGACAUCCUUGUUUAUGGAAAUAUUGUCAUUAACAAGAAGAAGGUAAUCAAGGUUUACAUUGAAUUUUUCAAAAUGUAAAGAGCAAAGGGCAAGCUUUUUGUUUUUUGUCUCAAAUAAAAGGUUGUGAAGGUUACAUUACAUUUCUAAUGCAAGCUUGUCAUUAUUGCAUUUUGUAUUCUCCAAGCUAGAACUUUUUCAAAAUUAGUUGGGCAAUUAUUAUUUAAAAGGCUAUUCUAGUGUGAACUAUUUGCUAAAUUCACAAGACAUCAACCCUUUAAACCCCGAGAGUGACUAGUAUGGAAUUUCUCCUUACAAUAUCAUCCCCUGAAUCACACGUUAAGAUCUUGAGAAUAAAGGAGAUGAUCACCGACAAAAGAAGCUUUUGACUGGUAAACAAUUCUCCAAUUCUCUAUUUGUCAGCAUCUUAGGGAAUGUAUAAAGGGCAGUGUGAAGAACAUGCACGCUGAUGUUAGGGUGUAAAGGGUUAAUAGUGAUUUGAAUUUCUUUUCAGUACAAUAAACAGCAUAUAAUCCCACUGGAAGAUAUCAAACUGCAAUCCUUGGAUGAUGAUGGAAGUGAGUGCUGUUAUGUUGUAACCCAUGUUCUGAUCAGAAAUUCAAUCCUUUUGCUAUUGUAUUUUGCCUGGUGAAUAAGUAGUUGAAAUAUUAUUUGAUAUGAUAUCAGAAUAAAACCCUGCAGCUGUCAAGUUCAUCUAUUUAUAGCACAUUUUUGCAGGUUGAUAUGUCUAUGAGGGAAGCUAGUAAAUUUUACCGUGUAUUUAAUGGGGGGAAGCCAUCAUGCACACUUACCUUCCUUUUAAAGAUGUUAAUGACUGUCAAAACAUUAAAGUGAACUGUAAUCAUGAUGGUCAGUCAAAACUAAGGAAGAUAUCAUAAUGAACCAGUUAUAAUUUAAAGUAAAAACAAGCAAAAGUUAUAGUCUGAAGUGAUUGAUCAGGAGGGGAGCACAAGUUUUUGGUAAAAAUCAUAACUCUGAGAAAAUUCCUGAAUUUGAUUUGUUAUCACCAGCCCCAAUUGAGUACCAACAGGACAGUGUAAUUGGAAAAUGCACAUCAUGCCUGUGUUACUGGAAAGCAUGCAUCAUGUAGAUGUGUUGUGGUCAAUUUUUUUGUCUUGUCAACUGUUGUUUUUUUUUACGAAAAAGUAUAACCAAUGGCUUGUUUGUGUCUCAAAUUUAGUCAUAGUUUUGAUUAAAUGGUAACAGGACUUCAUGUUGUCUUAUUCUGUCUGUAAACAAGUCACACAUCUGAUUUUGUUAAUCACUUGACUGUGUGGUUGGCCCUUUACCCCCCAAGAGUGACUGGUUACUAAUUUCUCCUUACAAUGUCACCUUUGAAUCAAAUUUAAAGUUCAUGAGAAUAAAAGAAAUGAUCACCAAUUUAAGAGUAUCCAAAAACUUCUCCUGGUCGGAACUGAUGGAAAGUAUAGAGAACAGUGGGGAGAAUAUGCAUACUGAUGUUACAGUGUGGGGUGUAAAGGGCGAAAGACCAAAUUGGAUUUCACUCAGUCCUAUUGCCAUUACUGAUCAGACAGUACAAUAAAACAAAACCAAUGCAAAACCUGGAUUACUUUUGAUGCCCCACUGUUUAUUACUCAGUGUGCUUGCCUUCUAGAUUUAAAGAAUGGUUGGCAAAUCAUUAGUGCAAAGAAGUCAUUUGCAGUGUAUGCUGCUACAAGGACUGAAAAAGCUGAAUGGAUGGCACACAUCAACAAGUGCAUUCAGGACUUGUUGGCAAAAAGUGAGAAUGAGCGCUUUAGUUAUUGAACAGUUUGUACAAAUUUAAUUGUGUCAUCUGCUCAUCCACAUGAGAGCAGUUCUGAGAUGGACUGUUGUUGCAGUAGUGACUAACAUAGGCCAUCAAAAUGUCAGUCACCGCUAUCAGCAUCGCUUCCCAAGCGACUCUCACGCAGAUGAUAGGACCAUGUGAUUAAAUGUUACCCCCAGGCUCAAACAAGUUACCGUAUUUUUUUACAUAGUCAACUAUAACUUCUGGAAUCAGCCUUUCCUUAUGUGUAGACUGCUUAAAAUGAUAUACAAUCAUGUUAUGCUUUCAUGUGGAAUCUUAUUGUGUACAGACUUGCAACAUGACUUGCAGUAAAUUUGUUUAUAACUAAAGGCUAGUAUAUAAUUAUUAUAAUGGGACAAGGUAAUCUCUUGAGUCUGGAAUCAGCCUCACCUUCCAUGCAGACUGCAUAAAACAAUAUACAAUCAUGUCAUGUUUUUAUGUAGAAUCUUAUUGUGUACAGACUUGCAACAUUUACCCAUAGUAAAUUUGUUUUUAACCUCAGGCUAGUAUAUAAUAACAAUGGAAUGUAAGGGUUUCAGGAAACAAUGGCCAUGAAUGAACCAUAUUUUAAGCUGACUGUUUAAUGGUGUUUCUUAACCUUUUAACCUGUAAGAGUGAUUAACAUCUAACUUCCUCUUACUCUAUCACCCUUGAAUCAAACAUUAAGGUUACGAGAAUAAAGGAAAUGAUCACUAACUAAAAAAAGCUCCUGAUUGUUAAACAAAUUCUCCUUGUCAGCACUGUGAGAAAUGUAUGAAGAACAGUAUGGAGAAUAUGCAUACUGAUGUUAGGGUGUAAAGGGUUUAAAAGGGGUGUUUUGUUACCAGAAACUCAGUCUCACCCUUUGUUUCUUAUUCAAGUUCCUUUUUUUUUGUUUAAUUGUCUUGUUCUAGCUGGAAAGAAGGGAACCACGGAACACGCUGCAGUCUGGGUUCCAGAUAGUGAGGCAUCCACUUGCAUGCACUGUUUCAAGAGCAAAUUCACUGCAUUAAAUAGAAGGGUAAGUGUUGCAUGACUGAUUUGUACUUAUUGACUGAAUGAGAAGGCUGGACUGGAAAAGAUUUGGCUUCAGGUCAUAUGCUCCCCACUGCAUGUAGUUAGGUGCCUGCAUUAAUUGCAAGAGCGAAACAUUUUUAUGGCAGGGCCUGACUUUUUUUAGUCCAUAAGUAUUUCAUCACAUUUUCACUUUUUUUAUGCUAGUUUUUUCUUCCUAAUACAAUUUUUCCUCUCAAAUUGCCCUGACCUGCUCUUGCGAUUUUUCUUACCUUUUUUUUUUUGAUUGCUUGACACAGCACCACUGUCGGAAGUGUGGUGGAGUUGUUUGUGGUAACUGUUCCACCAAGAAGUUCCUCCUCCCUGCCCAGUCUUCAAAACCACUGCGAGUGUGUGACAACUGCUAUAAUGUUUUAUCAAGUGGCAAGACCCAGUCAGAUCAAGAAUCAAAGAAAAAAAGUAAGUUGAAUGUGGUUUGUUUCAAUCAUUUUUUUUUAUGUAGUGACGACUGAAAAGGAAAACAGUGGAUGUUAAAGUGCAGAGGGAAUUUUUACCAGCCGAUAAAUGAGGAAAGCUUUAUUUGGUGAUCAUGCAUAAUAUCACCUGACCAGGCCAUGUUUCAGCCAAAAAAAAAAGUGUGAAUCAUAGGCAUACAAUUAUGCAUGAUGUAUAUAUAGGAGUAUUUGUAAUAUUAUAUGAUAAACAAUUUCAUAAUGUCAUUUCUUCCAUAAUAUGGGUUGAUUUAACUUGAAACAUUUAAUAUGUACAAUUUGAGUUGUCUUUUCUUGUUGUGGGUUGUAUAUUACACUGGGAUUCAUUUUUUUAUGUUAGUCCUGAAAGUUAUGUCAAAGAAGGGUCAUUUGACUCUCUUUGUAACUUGCUUAUGUCUGUCCGUCUCUUGAACUGUCUGUCUGUCUGUCUGUCUGUCUGUCUGUCUGCCUACCUGACUAACUGACUGACUGACAGACUAAGAUGUUUGCUGGAGAAGGACUGAAUUACCAGCUCACUGACUGAGUUACUUACUGCUGUGGCUAUCUUUAGUCGAUUUAAAGCAGUAUAACAUGCACAAAGAAUGGUUGAGAUUUGAAGUGAACAUUACAAUUAUAGUAAACAGUAGGUUUUUAAUGUGUGAUGUCCACACAAUGCUUUUCUCCCCAUCAUGAGUGAGGUUUGACUGUGUUUGAUUGAACUACAUGUAGCAGUGAAUUGUUGGGUUGCACCAAGUCAUUGUGCUAAAUAUAUCACAAGUGAAAAUUUUACCCUGUCACAUUGAAGACUAAAAAGUGAAGAAACAGACAAUUGGAUUCAUGUUAACACAUCAAUGCAUCUUUUACAAAGCAAUCUGCAACCAUUAACUAUCAUUAUGUCAUUUUUCAAGCUGCUCCUACUCCACCACAAAAAGCAGAAAAAGAAGGAGAUGAAACAUCAUCAGGAGAGGAGAACUCAGAUGAUGACGAGGCUCCUUCUGAGAAUCCUGCCUCAUCAGAGUAUCAAGUGCCUACCACGGUCAGUGGAAGAAAAUAAUGAUAUUUUCUUUAUUUAUCAGGCUUAAUUUUUUAAGAUGUUAAAUUCCACCUUGAGAUGAAUAUAUUUUCCUGUUCUGAUGCAACUCCCGUUGAAUUUUUGGUAAAAAUUUGCCAAGGCAAUUUUGAGCCUGAAUUUCAAAAUUAGUCUGACAUUUCAAUAAGGAAGUGGUUGACUUAAUUUUUUAUCUUGAUUCAGGUCCCUAAUGACUCUUAACUUUAAUUUGAUCUGUUAAUGGCAGGCAGUUUUAAAACAAGAAAUUUUAUGACUGAAAAAUAUCAGACUUAUUUUUUCAAAUGAAGUGUAGGAAUUGGCAUAAUGUAUUUGUGUCAAUAUUUAUUUUGGAAUCAAGGAAGAAAAAGGAAAAAAAAUUAAGUCAUGAAAAUCAGUGAAUGAUUGUCGUUGUGUGGCAGAAACUCGCACGCUUAAUCCUUCCUUCAUUCUGGAAUUAAGUUUCAAGUCAAAAUGUUAUUUAACCCUUUCACUUCCAAGAUCUAAUUAUUAAUUCUCCUUACUAUCUGCCUUACAAUUCUUAUGAUGUUAGUUCAGAGAAUUUGGUAUUGGAUCAACUAAUGAUCCCAUGAUUGAUAUUCUUCUCUAUUCUCAUCACCUGCCUGCUUGAUAUUGUAUUGAUAUUAUAAGGAGAAAUUCUGUCUUGGUCACUUUUGGGAGUGAAAGGGCUAAUUAAUAAUUAGGUAGACUGACUGCAACAAUUGAUACUUGAUACCAUGUGCUUCUCAUCAUCAAUCUUUGGUAAACCCUCAAAGAAAAUCUUGGACCUUACAGUAUUUUAUAUGUCAUUAAUUGUAACUCAUGGCAACCCUUCUUGCACGACCAAUCAGUCGAGUCAGUUUGGGUCAAUUUUUAAUAAAAUUUUCCUUUUUUUUUUUUAGCCUACAUUUUACCAAGGCAAUCAGGUGCCUGCUAAGGGGGAGGUGGACAGUGGAUAUGCAGAACCCAACUCAAAUAAAGUAUGAUGCUGCACCAAAAUGAAGGAUUUGAGAGCUGAGAUGUUUAUCAAUGAAAAGGAAGGAUAUUUCAAUGUGGAAGAAGUUUUUUUAAAAUAUGGUUAUUUACAGAUAUAUAUAAUUACAUCCAUGAACCAAAGGAAAGCCAAUCAUUUCAAAGUUACAUUACAAACUUUUAUUUUAGUGAAUUGGACAAUGUGUCCUUUGUGGAUGGGAAAAAUCAGAGACAAUUUUCAAGGCAUCCCUUUUUCCUGCUGGUGCAGUACAUGCUUACCCCUCUUAGUUUACUUUAAAGAUUGGAAUCACAGGACAAUUGGCCCUCAAUGAGGGAUCUUCAGUACAAGAAUUGCAGCAAAGCCUCUCAGCUUUUUUCCCAUAACAGUGAAACAUGCAUUAAGCUGAAAAAAGCCAUCGAGAACCUCAAUGUUUCCUGCAAGAAAUGAUUCAAAACUACAGUUAGACAAAAAGUUCAAAUAACCCUUUUCUUCCAAAAUAGGAUUUAUGAUCUGUCCUUUAUGUAUAGCAUUCCUAUACUUUCAUUAAUUACAUGUAAUAAGAGGGGAUUAUUUAUCAAUAUAAUUUUUAGGGCUGACCAAUCAAUUCUCAGUACCUGCUUUCUUGACAUAAUAUGGAGAUUGUGCCGAGAGGUUAUGUGUUGAUUAUUCUUUGGAGUAAAAGGGGAUAAGAAGGGAUCCUGUAUUUAGUCAAUACUGGGCUAUACUUUUCCCUCAUGCUUUGUUCCAAGGGACUUGAAUGAAAAAAAAAAAACACUUCUAUGAAGGCCACUUAAGCUCCGUUAACUCUAGGUGUCUGCUUAGCCCGUUAACCCUCAGAGUGCCUAGCAUCUAGUUUCUCCCUACAAUAUCACGCCUGAAAUCAAACACAAGGGUCAUGAGAAUAGAGGAAAUGAUCACCAACUAAAGAAGCUCUUGAUUGUUAAACAAAUUCUUCUUGCUGACACCUCAGGAAAUGUAUAGAGAACAGUAAGGAGAAUAUGCAUUCUGAUGUUAGGGUGUAAUGGGGUAAGACAGGAUUCACUGUGGUCUGUAUUUCUAGGGGUGAUAUGUAGUUAAAUAGAGCAAAGACCAAAGUUUUUUCUGCAGCCAAUGAAGUUCAAAAGAAUCUGUACAAAGACCUGAAUUGUAACAAUUCUAAGUUUUGUCACAAUGAAGCUUUCUAAUUGAGAUGAAAAUAGAACAAAUACUGUUUUAAAUGUUUGUGUCAAAAGUAUCACAAUUCAAAUGAUAAAUGUAUUUUUUUAGCUGAAACUCCAGAAGCAAAUUCUCAAAUCAAUUUUUGUAAUUAUACACACUCAGUUAAUGAUAAGAAAUCACCUAAAUGACAUUCUACAAAUGCUAUACUCACUACAAUUAAUUUUUUCAUGUGCUUAAAUAUAAAUGAUGAUAAAUACAACGCAUGAUUAUCAAAGCAAGAUAGGCAGUUUUGAAGUGAUUAUUGAAAGAGCAACCAACAGCAAUCCCAACUUGGUCACUAGUGUUUUCCUGUACGUCAGGCUGGUUGCCUUUUUUUACUAUGAGUUCUCAUUGGUUAAUGACAAUGUUAGGCUUUGUUCUGAUUGAUAGUUUGAUUACUUUGGUUUCUAAUUUUUUCACACCCAAUUAACCGUUUAACUCCCAAAAGUAAUUAGCAUGAAACUUCUCCCUAAUGAUAACCAUACAUCAUUCAGCAAACAGGUAAUGAGACUAUUCAAACUUUUCAGCUAGAAGCUUCUAUCUUGUUGUAGCGCCAUGCUCUCAUAACUAAUUUACAAGGAAAUACGUAGCAGCUAGAGGGGAGAAUUGACGAUCAAAACUUGGGAAUUAAAUGCUUAAAAACUGCUCUGAAGGUACAUCAAGGGCCAAGGUUUGGUUGUCCUGCAUGUUACUGAUCUUGUUUAUCUUAAAAGUUAUCAAAUGUUACACGGUAAUGAAUAACUUGUCGUGACUUCAAUUCCAAUGUUUAAAACUAAAUAUGAAUGUUGACUGAAUUCUGAUACAAUGAAUGUCAGCUAAGAACGGCGUUGUUGCCUGUUUGUAUAGCAAUUGUUUAUUGUGAAUCAUCUCUGAUACUAGUAUUGUUGCAAAUAUUAACACUAUUUUAAUAGUUAUACAGAAUUGAGAAAUUUUGAUUACAAAUUUACGUAGCUAGUUUUUCAAAUAAACCGCAUCUCGCUUGAGUAUGAAAAC